ACAGCCAGGGCAGGGCGAAGGGGCCUGGUCAGAGGGCCCUCUCAUUUUUUCCGUCUCUGUGCGGGAUGAGUUCUGUUCUGGGUGGCAGCAUCAAGGCAGGGUGCACGCUCAUCCUGUGCGUUCAGAGCGGGGCCUUCCUGAUUCAGCCUGAGCGGGAUCUACAAUGAACUGAGCAGACACCCAAAAACUUGUGAGCGGGCGCGCAUGUGCGCACAUGCCUGAGAGGGCACAGUGGGCCUGGUGCGCACAGGCCAGGGGAGGUGGCCGGAGGCCAGUUGGCCACCUGCACCCAUCAGCUGCUUGAAGCAGCCGCCUCACCCGGCCUCAGGAGACCUUGAAUGUUUGGUGGUGGUGGAUGCACAAAUGUGUCAGCAGUGCCUUCAUUCUCCACGCAAGGCUUUUUGACCCAAGAACAAGCACAUGAGGGGGAUUGUUUUCUAGUAGGAAUCAGCAGCAACUAGUGUGCACUUGGGCGGCGGGGGGGGGGGGGAGGAGAGCCCAGAGGAAGGAGCCCCCCCUCCAUGCUGGUGGGCUCAGGUAUUUAUCGAAGCCCCCCAACCAAGAGGAAAGUAGGGACAGGCAGAAAAGCAGGGGGGGCAGCACGAGACAGAAAGGGGGGAGAAAGGAGAAUGCAAGGGCAAAAGGGAGAAAGCAGGAAAAGAGGGGCGGGGAGAAAGAGGGGCAGGAAGGGGAACUCGAGGGAGAGGAAGCCAGAACUUGCACCCCCACACACACACACGCACACCAAACCAACAAGCUCACCGGGCAACUCAAGCUUCCCAGCAGCCGGCAAAUCCUCCAUCCACACCAAGGAGCUUCUUCCAGCCCCUCCCUAGGAAUCAGACUGGCUGGAACUGCUGGAGUAGCAGCUGUUCCAGCCAAUAAGACCACAACGGCAGUUACAGGUAGGGAGGAGGGGCUGGAAGAAGCUCCCUGGCUUGGAGGAUUUGCAGCCUGCCGGCAGGCAGGAAGGAAAAGGAUUCCUGGCACGGCAGACUAGCUCUGAGGCAGACACAGGAGCCAGCGGCCAGCCAUGGGCAACCUCCAGGGGGCCCUUCCCCAUCCUCGUGGCCGCAAUCUCUGCUCCUGGCAUCGGGCUUCGAGCCCAGACGAAGGUGCCCCCAGCAGCAAGAGCAGCCCUGCAGCUGCCUGCCCCAUUGACCCCCCCAAAUACUCCCGCAUCAAGAACUGGCAGACGGGCACCAUCCUGUACGACACACUCAGCGCCCAAGCCAUGCAGGACGUCCCGUGCCGUGAGAGGCGCUGCCUGGGCUCCGUCAUGUUCCCCAAGCAGAUGGUCCGUGGGGCUGCAGGGGACGCCCUGCCCGCCUCGGACAAGCUGCUGCCGCUGCUGCCCCAGGCCAGGGCCUUCAUCUGCCAGUACUACAGCUCCAUCAGACGCUCUGACUCUCCGGCCCACCUGCAGCGCCUCCAGGAGGUGGAGCAGGAGAUUGCGGCCACCGGCACCUACCAGCUGCUGGAGACAGAGCUGGUCUUCGGAGCGAAGCACGCCUGGCGCAACGCAGCUCGCUGCCUGGGCCGGAUUCAGUGGAACAAGCUGCAGGUGUUUGAUGCCCGAGACUGCACGAGUGCCCAGGAGAUGUUCACCUCUCUGUGCACCCACAUCAAUUACGCCACCAACCGUGGCAACCUUCGGUCGGUCAUCACCAUCUUCCCACAGAGAGCCGCAGGGCGGGGAGAUUUCCGCAUCUGGAACGCCCAGCUGAUCCGCUACGCUGGGUAUCGGCAGCCAGACGGGACGAUUCUGGGGGACCCGGCCAAUGUGGAGAUCACCGAGCUCUGCAUUCAGCACGGCUGGACCCCCCCGCGGGGGCGCUUCGACGUCCUCCCCCUGCUGCUGCAGUCCCCCGAGGACGACGAGCCCGAACUCUUUGUCGUGCCCCCCGAGCUGGUCCUGGAGGUGCCCAUCAGCCACCCCACGCUGGAGUGGUUCCAGGAGCUGGGCCUCCGCUGGUACGCGCUGCCUGCCGUCUCCAACAUGCUGCUGGAGAUUGGGGGGCUGGAGUUCUCGGCAGUGCCCUUCAACGGCUGGUAUAUGAGCAGCGAGAUCGGCAUGCGCAACUUCUGUGACCCCCACCGCUACAACAUCCUGCAGGAGGUGGCGCAGCGCAUGGGGCUGGACACGCAGACGACCACGUCUCUCUGGAAGGACAGGGCCGCCGUGGAGAUCAACGUGGCCGUGUUGCACAGCUACCAGCUGGCCCAAGUGACCAUUGUGGACCACCACGCAGCCGCCGAGUCCUUCAUGAAGCACCUGGAGAACGAGCAGCGCAUGCGGGGCGGCUGCCCGGGCGACUGGGUCUGGCUGGUGCCCCCCAUCUCGGGCAGCCUCACGCCUGUCUUCCACCAGGAGCUGGUCAACUACCAGCUCACCCCUUGCUUCCGGUACCAGCCUCAUGCCUGGAAGGACUACGUCUCCAAAGACACUACAGUCACCCGGAAGAAGACCUUCAAGGAGGUUGCCAGCGCAGUCAAGAUCUCGGCCAAGCUGAUGGGCGACGUGAUGGCACGGCGGGUCAAGGCCACCAUCCUGUAUGCCACCGAGACCGGCAAAUCCCAGGCCUACGCCCUGAACCUGAAGCAGCUCUUCAAGUGCGCCUUUGCUCCCAAGGUGCAGUGCAUGGAUGAAUACGACGUGGUUUCCCUGGAGCACGAGACCCUGGUCCUGGUGGUGACCAGCACAUUUGGCAACGGGGACCCCCCUGAGAAUGGAGAGAGCUUUGCCAAGGCCCUGAUGGAGAUGUCCUGCCCCUACCUGGGAAGCGCUGAGCCCGAGCAGCAGAAAAGCUACAAGAUGCGCUUCAACAGCAUCUCUCAGUCGGACCCGCUUGUGACCUCCUGGAAGAAGAAGAAGCGCAGAGAGUCCAGCAACACAGACAGCGCCGGAGCCCUGGGGACCCUCCGGUUCUCUGUCUUUGGGCUGGGCUCCCGUGCUUAUCCGCACUUCUGCGCCUUCGCCCAUGCGGUGGACACGCGCCUGGAGGAGCUGGGGGGCGAGCGGAUCCUCCCCAUGGGGGAGGGGGACGAGCUCUGCGGCCAAGAAGAGGCCUUCCGCAUCUGGGCCAGGAACGUCUUCCAGGCCGCCUGCAACUCCUUCUGUCUGGAGGCGGAGGCUGCUGCCGCGGCCACGGAGGUCUUCAGCACCCGCUGCAGCUGGAAGCGCCACCGGCACCGCCUGCAGAGCCACCCCGGCACGCUGGACCUGCUGUCAGGUCUGACCCACGUGCACAACCGCAAGGUGUUUCCCUGCCACGCCCUCUCUGUGCAGAACCUGCAGAGCCCGGAAUCCAGCCGGUCCACCAUCCUCGUGAAGCUGCAGACAGGAGGUCAGCCCGAGCUGGGCUACCAGCCAGGAGACCACGUGGGCCUCUUCCCCGCCAACCGCACGCAGCUGGUGCAGGGGCUGCUGGAGCGCGUUGAGGACCCACCUGCUGCCCAUGAGAUGGUGGCUGUGGAGACCUUGGAGGCAGGGACUGAUGGCCCGAGGAGCGUGUGGGUGCCCGACCCCCGCCUGCCCCCCUGCACGCUGCGCCAAGCGCUCACUUUCUUCUUGGACAUCACAACGCCCCCUAGCCCCCAGCUGCUCCAGCUCCUGGCCACUCUGGCGGAAGACCCGGCCGAGAAGGAGCAGCUCCAGCGUCUCAGCCAGGAUUCUCACAACUACGAGGAGUGGAAAUGGUUCCGGUGCCCGACGAUGCUGGAGGUGCUGGAGGAGUUCCCCUCUGUCCCGCUGCCCGCCUCGCUGCUCCUCAGCCAGCUGCCCCUGCUGCAGCCACGCUACUACUCGGUCAGCUCGGCGCCCGACGCCCACCCCCAGCAGAUGCACCUCACCGUGGCCGUGCUGCACUACCACAGCGAGAACGGAAAGGGACCCCUACACUAUGGUGUCUGUUCAACGUGGCUUUCUCAGCUGGCACCGGGAGAGAUGGUGCCAGCCUUUGUCCGAGGGGCCCCCAACUUCCACCUGCCGCAGAACCCCACUGCCCCCUGCAUCCUGGUGGGACCUGGCACUGGCAUAGCCCCCUUCCGGAGCUUCUGGCAGCAACGGCUGCACGACAUGGAGACCAAAGGCCUGCCGCCCAGUGAGAUGACGCUGGUCUUUGGCUGCCGCAGUUCUUGCCACGACCACAUCUUCAAGGAGGAGGUCCAGGAGGCCCAGCAGAGAGGAGCCCUCAGCCAGGUCCUCACGGGCUUCUCCCGCGACCCAGCCUACCCCAAGACCUACGUCCAGGACUUGCUGAGGAUGCAGCUGGCUGCCUACGUCUGGGAGGCGCUGUGCCAGCAGGAGGGCCACAUGUACAUCUGCGGGGACGUCACCAUGGCGACCGAAGUCAAGCAGGCUGUCCAGCAGAUCCUGGCCAAGGAAGGGAGCUGGACGCUCCAGGAGGCCGGAGACCUGAUCAGCCAGCUCCAGGACCAGAACCGCUUCCACGAGGACAUCUUUGGCCUGACGUUCCGCACCCAGGAGGUGGCCUCGCGCAUCCGCUGCCAGUCCUUCUCCUCCCAGCAGAGCCUGCGGGGAGCAGCGCCCUGAGCAGCCCCCCCCCCCGGCCCCCUCACUGCCACUCUGGGGCUGCAAGGAGGGCAGCCUCAGUAAAGCCUCCCUGCCUCUUGGAUACAA